AUGCAUGAAGAAAUCCAACUUUACUACUAUUGGAAUGUUGAAACCGGGGAGACUUCAUGGGAAAUUCCCCAGGUUUUGGUUCAAGCUGAUCAUUUGACUAAUGAUCCUUUACCUCAUGCUUCUGUCAACAACAAAUCAAAUAGUGCCACAGUUGGUGUGGAUAAUUCCAACAUGCUUUCAGCUCUGACUAAUGUUGAGAAGGAGUCGGAUUCUAAGUUGAAGUCUUGCUCCACUUCCCUAUCACCAUCAAUGACAUACUUUUUCAACUCCUAUAAGACCGACGAUGAAGAUACUUGUUCCGUUGUUUCUAUUGAAGCUGAGAAUGACGAGGAAAGGAUUAUGGAUGGACAAGAGAGUUUGGACAAUGAGCAAUUUGAAAAGAUAAGUGUUGCCUUAAAUGAAUUUAAAUAUGAUGAGAUUUUGUCUGAUCGAGUGACGUUGGUGGGCAUGGAAACUUUGGGUGCGGAAUUUGCUACAGAAAUCUCUAAUUUGAAGAAGGAAUAUCCUGUGAUUUUGUCUGAUCAAGUGGCAUUGGCGGGCAUGGAAACUUUGGGUGCAUCAAAUAGUAAAUCUGAAAAUAUGAAUGGCAUGGAAACUUUGGGUGCAUCAAAGAGUAAAUCUGAAAAUAUGAAUGUUGAUGUUUCCGGUGAAUCUUCUUGCACCUUCUUGCGCGGGAAGAGAAUAUAA